GACGUCAGGCCGGUCUGUAAGCUAAAAUAAGAGAAACGGUCGCAAAGAGCAAAGGCAGUGAGUAGUGCCCGCUGCGAUUUUCAGAAUCGUUCUGUUUCAGUCUCGGCAACAAUUUCAAUGGGGCUUUCAUCGCCGGAAAUCGCUCGCGAUCAGUGGGCAGCGUUGAGGGAUUUAUAUGCUGGUGAUCGCACAAAUCUGGCGGGCUUCGACCUAAUCGAGUACUUUUUGAACUACAAACCUCCAUCUCAGGGCGAGUCGGUUAAGAUAUACUCAACCGAUGAGGAUUGGCCAACACAUGGCAGCUUUACACUCGUUCAUUACUUAGACUCCAGGGCUUACGUUUACCUCAACACCAUUGGAGGUCUUCUAGAAGACGUGAGCCUCUUGUUGUGUUCCCUAAACCUGAAGAUAUUCCAUUUAAUCUGUGGCUAUGGAGAACGUCUAAAGCCACUAGUUGAGAACUAUUGGGUGCAUUUGGGUAAAAACUUGAGUGAAUUGGACCAUCAGGGAGCUAUUGUGUAUCACCUGCCAAGCGACAAGGUGCCGAGAUUACAUGGCUCGAAUAAAGUUGGUUAUCUCAGUGCCAAAAAUGCUGACUUGGUUGAUCAACACUCGACUUAACGCUCAGUACACUCUAUCACUUUGAUAAGGGGAUUUAUGGAGAAUAAUGUUACUGCUGGUGUUUUCGAUCAGAACGGAGAACCCGUAGCCUGGUGCCUUAGGUCUGAACUGGGCUGCUUGAGCAACCUGCAUGUUUUAUUUGCACAUCGUCGGAAAGGAUUCGGAUCCCUGGCAGUGCGUUUUAUGGCACAGGAAAUUAAGUCCACUGGCUCGGAAGUUCUGGCCACCGUUGUCCCCGGAAAUCGCAAUUCCCGAAAGAUGUUUGAGAAAUUGGGUUUUGAACCCAUCAAAACACUUUACUGGGCAGUGAUUCCAUAAAAAUGAAUUUCUUUUUCGUUUUUAGACUGUUAAUCAAAAGUAUUAAAUGCCGUCUGUGUUCGGAGAAAAGUA